UCAGGAAGUCCCUUUGGCCUUGACCAAGCUGGGUGCUUCUGCCCUGAAGACAUGAUGUUGGAAGAUAAAAACUCUACGACGUGUGUCAACACGUGUCCACAUCAGUGUUGCAACGGUCCGCUUGGAGAACCUAAGCAGCCUGGUGACACCUGGGUGUCGGAGUGCCACAGCUGUACCUGUAGUAACACCAUGACUGUGAAGUGUGAGCCCCUGCCCCCUCCUCCCCCUGUCACCUGCACAGACGCCCAGAUGGCCAUCACCAGUAGCCAGGGAUGCUGGAAUACAACCAUAUGUGUUCACAGGUGUCAGCAAAAUGGAAAAGUGUAUCAGGUCGGUCAGAGUUGGAACGACCCCAAUGAUCCAUGUGUUACUUACGUCUGUGAGAAGGAAGGAUUGAAGACCGUAAUGAUGGUUUGUCAAGGAGCAACCUGUGCAGAGGAGUUCAGGAUUUGGGACGCACAGCACUGCUGCUACAAUUGCAGCACCAAUUGCUCUGUGACGACGUCACCCACUGUACUAUCAUAUGGAGGCUGCACUGGAACAGUACAGAUCCCCACGUGCCAGGGCCAGUGUCAGUCAUCUUCAAUGUGGUCAUAUUCAAACGGUGUUUUCCAAAUGGGUGGGACCUGCAGUUGCUGCCAGGAAAAGAGCUCUGAACAGCGGCAAGUACAGCUGACCUGCAGUGACAAAGCAACCAAGACCUACACAUACAGGCACAUCACGGCCUGCGAGUGCAGCGUCUGCAAGGGGGCGAACGGCCCAGCGCUCUUUCAGACACCUUCGGUCACCAUGGAAAUCUGAAUGUCCUUCUUAACCUCCUCAAAUGUCACUUUCAUAAACAAGACAUUAUCCCCAGAAUAAUCGUAAUUUAGAAAUGGUUUCCAGCUACAGUAUAUCUAAUUCAGGAAAUUAGUUUUGCAUAAUUAAGUCAUAAAAUAAAUCAUUAACAUAUAUUGGUGUAUCGGUGGUGGAACCGUAAUAUCAUGCUGUGUCUUUUGGAAAUUUUAA